CGGAGGAGCAGGACUUGUUCGAACGAGCCACCGAUGGAUCUUCACAAGCUUCUCGUCUCUACCAUGCAACCGUUCUCCACCGGCAGCACAAUGGCGACCGAAUGGCCACCGACUAGCCUCCCGUCAGAAAGAGUUACCUCACCGGCACCCUGCAAGAACUUGACCUUCUCUAUCGCGAAAAUCAUGGAACCGGACAAACGUCUCACCGAACGAAGCAACAAUCAACAGACACCACCGCAUCCUCCUCCGCCAAGUAUUCCUUCCUUAACCUAUUCGGCACACUUACAAUCAGCCUUCAAGAAAUACGUGCCAACGUUGAGGCAUCCGAAUCUACUGCAACCUUAUUCCUUUCUCUAUUAUCAUCCGAACUCGUUACUAAGCGCAUUCCCGGCUCCGUCGCCCACCACUCCAACCGUACCACAAAAUUCUCCACCUCCAGCCACCCUACAAAAGGCUUUCUCGAAGAUGAGCCUGAACGCAAUCUCAACGGAGGGUCAACGUGAGAAAAAGAGCCCCGGACCGCGAAAUAGCGAGCUAAGCACGACCAAUAAACAGAAAACCUUCACCUGCUCGGUUUGCGCAAAGGUGUUCAAUGCUCACUACAACUUGACAAGACACAUGCCGGUUCACACCGGCGCUAGGCCGUUCAUAUGCAAGAUCUGCGGAAAGGGUUUUCGCCAGGCGAGCACUUUGUGCAGGCACAAGAUCAUCCAUACGGAGUUGAAGCCGCACCAGUGUCCUACCUGCGGCAAAGCGUUCAACCGGAGCUCGACGUUGAACACCCACAGGCGUAUCCACGCGAACUUCAAACCGUACGUCUGCGAGCACUGCAAGAAAGGGUUCCACCAGAAGGGGAAUUACAAGAAUCACAAGCUGACGCAUAGCGGAGAAAAGGCGUACAAGUGUAACAUCUGCAACAAGGCGUUCCAUCAGAUCUACAAUCUGACGUUCCAUAUGCACACGCACAACGACAAGAAGCCAUUCUCGUGUACGAUCUGCGGCAAAGGGUUCUGCAGGAACUUCGAUCUGAAGAAGCACAUGAGGAAGCUUCACGACAUCGGUUCACCGGUGAUAAACGGCCUAGGUACUUCAGCACAGAGUCAGAAUCAGCAGUCCGGUUACGCGUCUGUUCAUCAC